UUAUUUUACGUUGAUACGAUCAUUGUGGUCAUUUUAGCACGAUGCCAUGAUAUCGUGUUAUAUUCAUUGUCGCAAUAGUAUCAUUGUGUUAGUGUGUUAGUGUGUUAGUGUGCUGUUGCACGACUGUGUUGCGUGUCCCGAGUUAACGUCUCCGCGCUGACUAUAGAUAAUACGUCCGGGUUUCCGACCACGUUGCUGGUAUUUCGGCCAUUCCGUCGAAUUUUACGAGUGCGUUAUAGCUCUUAAAUUCUUCGUUUGGUGCUGAAACUUUUUAGGCGUUUCACGAGUCGCGAUUAAUAUUAUCUAGUUCACUGUUCUCCGUUGUAUUGAAUUUUGUCAGUACGGACGAUUUCGUUAGCCGUCGGCGUGUUUGAAUGCCUGUACGCUUAGUCUUUAUUAGGAAAACAGUAAGCUUGAUUGAGUACAAUGAUGGAUUCUGAAAACUCUGAGCCUAUGGACAUAUCAGGACAAGAUAAAGAAUUCAAGAAAAAUACCACACCAAAAAUUAUUGAAAAAAAACAUAUUAAAAGUAAAACACGUAAAACGUAUUUAAAAGACAAAAGGGCUCCAAGACCUCCACUUAAUGGAUACAUACGAUUUUUAAAUGAAAGACGACCACAGUACUGUGCUCAAAAUUCCAAUUUACCAUUUUCUGAAGUAACCAAAAUAUUAGCUUUUGAAUGGAACCAAAUGCCAGCAGAUAAAAAACAACCAUACCUUACAGCUGCUGAACAAGAACGAGUUAAAUAUAUUGAGGAACUAGAGGCUUAUAAAAAGACUGAUGCAUACAGAAAUUUUUUGGAGUUCAAAUCAAACAGAAUUAAACAUGAUAUCUCUAUCCAAAAAAAACAAAAAUUGAAAAAAGAACAACCAUCUCAUGAUCACAAAUUUAUAAAGGAUCAAAAAUUGAAAGAAGAACAACCGUCUCAUGAUAGCAAAUUUAAAAAGGAUCAAAAAUUGAAAGAAGAACAGCCGUCUCAUGAUAACAAAUUUAAAAAGGAUCAAAAUUUAAAAAAAGAACAACCAUCUCACGAUAACAAAUUUAAAAAGGAUCAAGAAUUUAAAAAAGAAACACCAUCUACAUCAAGCAGUGGCGAACAAGAAUUUAAAAAGGGUAAACCGUCUUUACCUAGUGCUAACAGUAAUACAGACCCUGACAUACUAAUAUUUACUGAAGAAUUCUUAAACUUCAAUAAAGCUAGAGAUAAUGAACUAAGAACCUUUCGUAAAAAAGUAACAGAUCAAAAAGAAGAAGUAUGUGUCUUAGAUAAAUAUAUUGAAAACAUGGAACAUGCUAGUACCAAAUUAGUGGCUAACAAUGAACAACUCAGUGCUGGUUGUUCUAAGUAUGAACAGUAUUUAAUUAAACUACGAUCUCAAAUUCUGGAUGCUUUUGCUAACACUGCAUUCCCAGAUAACACUGCGCCACCUACUCAUGAGAAUAUUGACGCCUGCAUCAUGAAUUAUUUCAAACAUCAAACAACUGGUACUGAUGCUGAUCCAUCUUGGAUUACAUGUUUCAAAAACGGUUUAUCUAAUUUGGAUCCUUCAUAAUGAUAAAAUAAAUAACAUUUUAGUUUAUUAAACUACAAUUCAUAUAU